UACAGUGUUCUUCUCCAGAGCACAUAUAGCUAAGAAUGGCGAUCGAUUCAGUGGCAGAUAAAGGUUAUGAAGACCCUUUUAUGAUAAAGAAAGGUUAUGAUGACCCAGAUUUUGCAAAGCUUCCGGAGCUGCUGCACAGCGAUGAUCAGGAUGGUGGUUGGAACAAAUGUUGGGAGCAAGGAGUAACCCCAUGGGAUUUAGGACAGCCAACACCUAUGAUUAUGCAUCUUCUUCUCAAAGAUAUGCUACCAAAAGGAAGGAUUUUAGUCCCUGGAUGUGGCAGUGGAUAUGAUGUGGUUGCAAUUUCUGGUCCUCAUCGCUUUGUUGUAGGUUUGGAUAUAUCAGACAUUGCCCUUAAGAGAGCAAAAGAGAUCUCUUCCUCAUCACCAAAUGCAAAUUAUGUCAGUUUUUUGAAGGAGGAUUUUUUCAGUUGGCACCCGACUGAGUUGUUUGAUCUCAUUUUCGAUUAUACGUUCUUUUGUGCCAUUGAACCAUACAUGAGGUUAGCUUGGGCGCGCCAAGUUCGAGAUCUCCUAAAACCAGACGGGGAGCUAAUAACACUAAUGUUUCCGAUUAGCGAUCAUGUUGGUGGACCUCCAUUUAAUGUUUCAAUAGCUGAUUAUGAAGAGCUUUUAUAUCCAAUGGGCUUCAAGGCACUCUCUAUAGUGGAUAAUGAACUUGCGGUUGACCGACGCAAGGGAAAAGAGAAGUUAGGGAGGUGGAAGAAGUCUAUAGACCACUCCUAACUACAAAGAACACCAUUUUCUCAAAUUAGAUGACUCUUUGAACG